CUACCACUCAGUAGGAUACAUCUCACAGUGCUCUAAACACUGUGGUGCGGCGCUCUAUCCUGUCGCGCGGCUCGCCUGUCGCUUGAAUUCAAGCAUUGCAGAGACGCAACACCUUGCCGAGGCUCCCUCUUCCCUCUUAGGUGUCAUUGUUUUGUUUUGUUUUGCUACACGAAAAUGGCGACAGAAGUUGCGAGCGCUGUCGUGGAGGUCAGCCCGGAGGACUUGGAGCGCGCCAUUGCCAACCUGAACGAGGGCAAGAAGAUGAUCGACGAGGAUCCCGAGAAGGCCGUGGAGCUGCUUUGUUCUGCACUACGUGUCUACGAAAAGCGCUACGGCAGCGAAGCUCUGGAGUGCGCAGAUGUGUACCUUUACUACGGCAUUGCUCUUUACGAGGUCGCCCGGGUCACAACGGAUGCGCUGGGCAGUACGAAGACAACUGUGGCGCCUCUUCCUGAUCAGAAGCCUGCGUCUGAGGGCGCUGCAACUGAGCCCUCGGGUACCGACGCGAAUGCCCAGGAGCAAGCUGCCCCCGACGCCCCUAACGCUGAGAAGCAAGGCGCCGCUGAUGCCGAGAUGACGGCAACUGCGCCGGCCGAUGCCGAAGCCGCAGUGCCAGCUGCUAAGGAGGACGACAAGCCCGCCGCUGCCCCAACUGAGGGCGAGACCACUGCUCCGGCGGCCACCGAGUCAGAGGCCCAGGCUUCCGCUCCCGCGACGGAGGAAAAGCCGGCCACUGAGGGCGAGACGGCUGCUGCUCCCGCUCCGGCAACCGGUGACGAGGCCAAGAAGGAGGGCGAGGAGGGUGCCGAGGGCGAGGAGGGCAGCGACGAGGAGGAGGGUGAGGGAGGUGCCGAGGAGGGCGGUGAGGCUCAGGCUGACGAUGAGGAGGCCGCUGCUGAUGGUGAUGACAUGAAGUUGGCGUGGGAGAUGCUGGAGCUGGCCCGCCUGAUCUACUCGAAGCACCAGCCCGAGCAGCACCACAGCAAGCUGGCGGAGGUCCACAAGUCGUUGGGAGACAUUACGAGCGAGCAGGAGCGCUUUGAGGAAGCAGUCGACUCCUACAAGCAAAGCCUGGAGCACCUUCAAGCCAUGCAGCCGCCCAGCCUCCGCCGUAUCGCCGAGGUGCAGUACAAGCUCUCCCUCGCACUUACCUACCAAGACCAGCCGGAGGAGGCUCUGAAGGAGACGCAGGCGGCCAUCACCUCCCUGGAGGCCGCCGUCGCGGAGACGGAGGAGAAGCUGGCGGCACUGCCCACGGACGGUUCGGGCGGCGAGGCGGCUGAGGAGGAGGGUCGGCAGCUGCAGGCGACGUCGGACGACCUGCGUGGGGUGCUGACGGAGCUGCAGGGCAACUGUGAGGGGCUGAAGGAGACGAUUGCCAACAACAACUCGAUCAAGGAAACACUAAAGCAAGCCUUCAUCAAAGCCAACUCCGAGGCGGGCGACGCUGCGGCAGCCGGCACCACCAGCGGCUCCUUCUCCGCCCCCUCCGUCGCCUCCAUGCAGGCUGUACUGCUGGGCGUGGUGGGGCGCGGCACCAAGCGCAUUACGCUGCAGCCCACCGUCGCCGCGACCACUCAGACGCAGAUCCAGCAGCCGCCCGCAGCAGCAGCCGGGGCCAACGCAGCCGCGCCGGCUAAGCGCACCCUGUCAGACCUGCAGAGCGGGCAGACGGCUGGCGCCGCCGCUGCCGGCGGCGCGGCGGAUGAGAAUGAGAAUGAGGUGGCAGCCAAGAAGGCACGGACGGAGGAGGCGGCGGGCAAGACUGAGAGCGCCGCCCCGGCGGCGGCAGGGGAGGUGACGAUGGAGGGGCAGUAGAGGAUUGUGGCGCGUGCGGGAUCUGGUGGUGGCUGGCUGGGUGGGUCGUAAAGCUUUGGGUUGGUCAGCAGGACUAGUAGAAUUGCAGAUUUUAAUUGGACUGGUGCGUGCGAAGGCUCGAAGGGUGUGUGUAGUUGUUGUAGAUGUUAACAUUAGCUCAGGAGCUCAGCUGUUUCGAAUCCCAGCUAUUGGGUUGGGCUUGGUCAGACUUCACGCAGGGGUGUCGCCGGCAGGAUUGCACAAGGACCCGUCCCUGGGUUGAUUUGCUGACAGGGAUUGGCGUAGUCGUCUAGACAUGUAGGCUAUUAGGUAUUGCCAUGCACGGCAAGCAACUUGGAGCUCUCUAUACGACCUCGUCAGGCAGGCUGUCUAAUUUGUACCAGCACAUGGCAAUG